GCCAGGAGAGGAAUGGGAUGUCUGCUGCUCUGAUAGGAUCUCCUUCGAGAAGCUGAGAAUGCAGAGGGAAGGUGGGGCCAGGGGGAGAGGGAGUGGCUUGUCCACCUUCCUGUGGAAAUCAUGCCCCUCCACAAAGCUACUGCUAACGCGGAGCACCCUCCCUCCUUCCACCUGGUGGCUGUGAGGAUGGCGGGUCACCUGGCUGGACGGGACUGUAGCCUCGGCCCCCGGUUCUCAGUAACUGUGUGUGCGUGUGUGUGUGUGUGCAACAUAGGGGGCUGGGGCUCAGCACAUCUGUGCACGGAGUAGACGGCUUCUAGGAGGGUGGGGCUGCUGCUGUCACCCCCCUGCACCCUGGAGCCCAGAGGACACCAGCCUGCGACACCCUAGCAGCUGGGGCAGCUUCAGUCACUGACCAGAGGAGCCUAGGAGAAACUGCGAGAGUAAGUUUACGCUCUGGAGGGACCGGGCGAAGCUGCAUGCGGUCAGAGGAAGGCAGGGCCGCUCGGGAGGAGUGGGCAUCGCAGGGCAGGAGUUGAGAGGGUAGAGGGGUGGAAGACCUUUGUGCUGGGGAAAUUGAUCUUGCCUCUCUGCCCCCCACCCCCUGCCUGCUGCACAGUAUCCCUUUCCCUUGGGCCCUGCAAUCUGGGAGCCCAGUCAGAGGCUGGGAACUCUGGGGGGGCAAAAAAAGGCAUAGGGAUUGAAAAAGGUGCAGGGAAAGGAGACUGCCCUAGACUGCUUGUUGGGUGGCCAUUCGGUGCAGGAGGAAGGGACAGCGGGGUGGCUCAAAGCCCUGGCACGUGGAGGAGAGGGGCCCAGCUCCCAUGACCCUCCCCUCUGCUGGCCACGUUGGGAGGGAGGGAGAGAGUAAGGGGAGGGGGCUUCUGGUUUGGACAAGACAGGAACCCUGGAUUAACUUACAGGUGUACGCCAUGGCCAGCACCCUGGAAGAGCUCUGGAAUAAACACACCUGGGCUUUAGCAAACGGAGACUCAACAACAGAUUCCUGGUUCCUGGUAAACUCGCCACCGCCUGUUGCCCUCCUCAUUGCCAUCUAGCUCCUCCUGGUCCUCGCUUCGUGUCCCGACAGGAGCCUCUGAGGCCAGUGGCCAGCGAGAAGGGAAUUCAGUAUCCCUUUCACCUUAAAGAACCCAUUCUGCCCUCUGUUUUCACCUGGGAUCAGUUAAAGGAUCAUCACCUCUGCCCAGUUUUCCGAGCCCCACACCUGGCAUUCCUUCCUUCGUGACAGGUGGAGCUGGGAUCUGCAGCAUCGCUGCUGGAUUGGGCCCACUUGCCUUCCGGGGCCUCCUGGUCUAGGAGGGGAGACAGAUGGAGGAAACAGGCAAUGACUGUGCAGUGUGAGCAGGACCACAGAGAGGCUGCCCCUGGGACGCGCAGGAGCUGCAGAAACCCAACCUCGGGGCCGGGGACAGGCCCAGCCUCAUGUCUGGCACCACGUGGGAGAUAGAGACAACUUCUAAGACAGAGAUGUGCCACUGAGCGGUGGAGACAAGUCCCUCUGCUGCCAUCCUCAUCCUCUGAGGACCUGCCGUGCCCUGCUGGCUUCCUGCUCAGGAGCCCUCAGGAGCUCCCUCUGCCCACCUGGCCAGGUUGCCAAGUCCUGCCGGGCAGGUGUUCUCAUCUGUCUUGUUCUAUGGAGGAACUCAGUGCUCCAAACAGUGCUUGGCAGUUCUCGGCCACCUCACUCCUGGCUAAGGACAGCUACUUCUGCCGGCCAGUGGACUACACCUGGAGGGAGCUUGGGAUAAGGAUGGCGAGCGUGAGCUGCUGCUGCUGCUUCUCAAAGGCCAUGGAAUUGCUAGACAUGGUCUUCUUUAUAUUCUGGAAGAAGCCAGAGCAGAUCACCUUCCUGCAUAUUUCCCACCAUGGCACCAGGCUCUUCAGCUGGUGGGCUGGGGUCAAAGAUGUGCCAGGUGGACAGGCCUUCUUUACAGGGAUGACUAAUUCUUUGGACCAUGUUGUCAUGGAUUGGCCAGUCUGGGCCCCACAUGUAGCCCCACCUACAGUGGAAGUGUCAUCUAACCAUCCUACAAAUGGUGAGAAGACUCCAUUAGUUCCAGGGGCCAAGGCUGAGCCCUCAGUUCUGGCUCAUCUGCACCAAGGCUUUGUAUCUGAUCCUGUGCAAGCCCUUCUCAUCUCUGGGUCUUCCCCAGCUUCUCAAAUUGCAAGAGUCUCAGGAGAAAUCUCAUCAGUUCCUAGAACCACCCCUAACUCACAGGCAUGAUGGGGGUCCUUGAGAAAGUCACUUCCAACUUCAGUUUCAGUUCCAUCAUAUCCUACAAGUCUGUGAACACUGUUUAUGCUGGCUGGGUGCCUGUUGGCCUUGCGGUUUGGGGAGUACCAUUUCCAGAUGGUGCUGACAACCCAAGGUGUCCCCCUUGGGGGCUCAGCAUGGAUUCAUCAUCAGCAUUAAUGUGACAUGGCUGGAGCAGAGGCAAACGGGACCAGAUCUGGGACAAGUGGCAAGAAGAUUCUUAGGAUCGUGGGGUUGGGAAAGAAAAGGAACGUUGCUUCACCAGGCUUCAUCAUCAUUCCUUUUCCUGAGCUGGGGAGGCCCUCUCUCUGCUGGUAAACUGCAUUUGCUCUAGUACUGCCUUGGACUGCCUUUCCAGCUCUUUCCUCCCUUGCUUUCUUUCACCAGUGUUAGUUUGUGGCCAUUGCUGUCCACUGCUCCCACAAUCUCUUCCCCGAGUACCCUUUCCUGAUGGAUUCACAGUGACCAUGCUUCUGUAAACCCUUGGCCUCACUGCUUGUUUACUUAAUUGCUGCCACCAGGCAUACCUGAAGAGCAAGCGAGAGAAGCUGACCCAGGGAGUGGCCCCGAGGACUGAAUCCAGUAGAGCUGUCCCCACAGAGUGUUGGACAGAAGACAUCUUGGAGCACAGCCUCCCAGUUGCAUUUCAUCCUGCCAAGGAAGGAGGGGCUUUGCCUUCUUUCCAGAGUUCAAAAGUACAGCUUCCUGUGCUCACUUCCGUUAGAGCACUUCCCACCCAGGUCUGUAACAGUUUGUACAUCUGCUUCCCCUACUAGACGUGCGCUCCUCACCGGAGGGAGUUUGGGCUCUUCUCAGGUUCUCCACAGCCGGCACAGUGCCUGGCACAGAGGAGGUGUGCAAUAAAUGUGUGUUGUUGAAUAAUUCGGAUCUGUUUAUUCUGUGACUGGCAAGCUUGGCCUCUGCGGAAGAACAGGGCUGAGAAUACGGAAGAAGUUAAGGCUGGUUUGAUAGCAGUCUUGCAGUGGGAAACACUGUGACUGAGGAUAUCCGAGAGUGAGUGUGAAUCUGUUUGAUUAAUGAUGUGGCUGUGUAAAUAAUCACUCCUUGCCUAAGUUUUUGUCAGUUCCUAAU